AAAAAAAAAAACAAUUUGGGGGAAAAAGAAAGCAGAAGACGAUCUCUGUUGCUGGAAGAGAAAUAAUAAAUAUCAAAUACAAAAAUUAAAUUGUGUUUGGAACUGAGGAAGAUCAUCGAUUUGCUUUGGGAUUAUGGGGCGUUUGGAUUAUCUGGCGAUGAAGACCGACGACGUCGAUACGUUGUCUCUGGUCAAUUCCGACGUGGAGGAGCUAAAGAUCGCUGCGAAGAAACUGUUUAACGAUGUUUCCAAGCUCGGUGGUGGAUUAGCCUUCGGUGUUUCUUUUCUCAAAUUCCUUGCUUCCUUCUCUGCCAUAUACUUGUUAAUAUUGGAUCGUACCAAUUGGAAAACCAAGAUGCUUACAUCACUCUUAAUACCAUACAUAUUCCUUAGCCUUCCUAGUGUCAUUUUUAACUUUCUCAGUGGAGAUGCUGGCAAAUGGAUUGCUUUCAUUGCAGUUGUACUCAGACUUUUCUUUCCUAAGCAUUUCCCAGAUUGGCUUGAGAUGCCAGGUUCUUUGAUCCUUCUGCUUGUAGUUUCUCCACACUUCCUUGUUCACCAUAUACGUGGAACUUGGAUUGGCACUGUCAUUAACCUUUUCAUAGGCUGUUACCUUCUUCAAGAACAUAUCCGAGCAUCGGGUGGGUUCAGGAAUUCGUUCACACAGCCUCGUGGAGUGUCAAACACUUUAGGGAUCAUCCUUCUUCUGGUCUACCCCGUUUGGGCUCUAAUCGUUCGUGUCACAUAAUCAGUCAUAUCACUUCCCGUUCUCAAAAGUUGUUUCUUGCUCAGUCUGCUCCAAUAAACUGCGUGACUGCGUGUUACAUCGUCGAGCAUAGCAAGAAUCUCUGUGGUGUUCCUUUCUUCUGAUUAUUUUGCAUACCCCAAAUACACUUGCCUCAAGCUCAACUAAUGUUCCAUAUAUAAAUAAUCUCAUUUUUCAACAAUUUGUUUGUUUACUGUAAGAAAAAAAAGUUACUUCUGUGUAAAAAAUUUGGUUAUGGGUUCUGUUUCGUAUAUGCAGUCGGAAAUGUUUGUCGUUUUGGUA